AUGGACAGCUCCCAGUUGAAGGACGCCGCCGGCAAUUUGGAGGAGAUCUCCGAGAAUCAACUUCUCGUUUCGAUGCAGGAUGAUACGAAUGUCGACGAUGAUAGAUUCAUUCUUAAUGAUGGCCCUGAUUUCCGAGGUUUGGAACGCUUUCGGACUAUAGUUAUUGGACCUUGCAAUGGUAUUGUUUGCCUAGCAGAAGACUGUGGCUUUUUGGUUAAAGCUUUAAAUGUUGAAGAAAAUUGCAUUGGAGGCUCUAUCUAUUUGUAUAAUCCUGCUACACGUGAAUCAAGAAAACUCCCUAAACGCCCCUUUGGGUGUCCUCAAGGAUUGUGUUGCUACAGAGACUGUUUAGGUCUUGGGUUUGAUCCUUGUACCAAUGAAUAUAAGAUUGUCUCAAUGGUCUUCUUUUCGUAUGAGGAUUAUGAUUACAGUUAUGGAUUCUAUAAGGUGGAGAUCUACUGUCUCAGCACUAAUACUUGGACACAGAAAGAUAUCACCUUGCCAUCAAUUGACAAUCCUGCGACACCAGAGGAUUCCUUGGCUUCGGUCUACUUAAGACGUGAACGCAGUGGUUAUGAGGAGGAGUCUUGCUCGAUUAUCAUUUGGAUGAUGAAGGAAUACGGAGUGGAGGAGUCAUGGGUGAAAAGAUUUUGUUUAGGACCCUUCGGAGGUGUUCCUGUCCCCUUCACAUGUUGGAAUGACACUAAGCUGAUUAUGGGAAGUGAUGCUUGCACGUUAUCUUCGUGUGAUCUUGUGGAGGAUGGCUGUCAGCGUAGGAAACUUUAUAGUUACGGAAUUGUUGGAGCUGCAAUUAUUCAGAAGGAAUGUUUGGUAUCUCUCACUCAGGGCUUAGGCGAGGAAGCAGCAUCUUAA